CAAGCGCUCAGUAACCUUCAUAGUGGUUGAACCACUGAAGCGUUGCUUAACGAGUUAAACUAUUUGCUUCUAGUUUCUGUCCCAAGAUUGUUUGAAUCUGAGUCUCGUGUUACUACAGAUUGCUGUCUAUUAGUUCCCGUAGUAAAUGUAAGCGUAUUGUUUGUUUGCUGGGUCGUCAGCUCACCUUUUUCCUUCCUUUUCCAGCCCUCCUCACUCACGUUACUUUACAUGCUCUCCUACUACACAAAGUGAUUUCUCACUAGACACAAACCUCUACACGACUUUCUAUUUUAACGUAAGGGAUUUUGUUACGGAAGCACACGCGUAUGUGCAUAAGUUGGAUUAUGAUUUUCGAGUGGUCUAGCCUGAUACCACAAAUAAUCUUAUAAAUGGCUUCAUGCACCCUGUCAUUUAUUUCACCACUUCCCGUGGUUAUUGCUUUCAAACAAGCAAUAUAUGAAAGGAUUGUGUCGAUUUUGAGAAUGAGUUUAUUCACCUCUCCAUUGGCUUAGGCACACUGGUGUCAUUUCAGUCUUCAGUAAUAAGGAUAGUAGGUUGGUGAACCUGUGUUAAUCCCGACAGAUUGCCUUCCGGUGAAGCCCCAGCUUCUCCUUGAAAAUAUUCACUGAUGGGGCUGAUACCACUUGUUCGGGUAAGGUGUUCCAGUCAUUGACUACUCGAUGCGAAAAGUGGGACCCCACUUUAAGUUUAUUAGGUCGCGGUUUGUAAACCUUUUUGCCGUGACCUUGGUGAUUAUUAGUGCUGGAGGAAGCAAAAAGGUAAGACAUUAACACCCAAAUCAUAAUUAAAGAUACGAAAUGCCAGUAUAAGGUCACCUCGCGUCCUACUAUACGACAAGGGGAAAAGGUUUAGGCGUUUUAAACUCUCAUCGUAAGGGAGUUUAGAAAGACUCUUCACUGAUUUCGUUCCCACACGCACAAGUGAGUUUGCAUCCUUUACCAGACAUGGGCUAGCUGCUUGGAUACAGUACUCUGAAUGUGGUCGUACAUAGGUGGGAUAUAAAAUUCGAAAUAUUUCCUCGUCAAAAGAUUUGAACGCUCGGCGAAGUAACCAUAACGUACGAAAACCUUUGACAGCGGCUGCGUUGCUAUGCUUAGUUGUUUUUAGAUCAUGACUUAUCAUUACUCCUAAGUCUAUGUUCUUGAACUCAUGGAAGAGGUUUACCAUCAGUAGUAUAAUGGUAACUAUUACCGUGACCGAUGUUCAUUAGCACACUUCCUAGAAUUCAUUUCUAAGCCCCAACCUUGAGCCCAUCUAACUAAAUCGUCUAAGUCAACUUGGAGAUCCAAAUAAUCAGCCUCACUUUUUAUUGUUCUCCAAACAUUACGUCAACCGCAAACUAAUUUUGACGACCUAAGCAACAGCGGUAACUCGUUAACGUAGAGAAGGAAGAGCAGAGGACCUAAGAUGGUGCCUUGGGGUACGCCACUUUUGACCGACUUCUAAUCGGAUACCGCUCCACUGACCCUCACUCUGUCUGUGGUCACAUAAGGAGUUUCCUAUCCACUCCUGUACAGUAUCUAUUAUGCCGAAGCUCGUAAGCUUCUGCAUAAGAUCUAAGUGUGAAACCUUGUCAAAUGCUUUGCUAAAAUCUAUGAAUAUCAAAUCGACAGACAGACCUUUAUCUAAGGCUGCCGUCCAAUCCUCUCUCGCAAUAAGUUAGUUAGUCAAGCAUGAACGCUUGUUACGAAAUCCAUGUUGCUCAUGAGCUAACAGACUGUGUGAAUCUAUGUGGCUUAGCAACCAAAUACAAAUUAUCUUUUCAAGUAACUUAACGACAAUUCUAGUUAGACUGACAGGCCGGUAGUUCGAUGCGAACCGUCUCAGACCUUCCUUAAAUAUAGGACUGAUUAUAGCGUCUUUUCAAUCUCUAGGAAGUUGAUCGAGUGGAAGGGACAUGUUGAAGAAUGUCGCAAGCGGUUUUGAAAUAAUGUCCGCAAGAGAUGGCAGCAGUCGUGGAUGUAACCCGUCAGAGCCCGGUAUCUUAAAAGGUUUGAGGUUAGCUAUCAACAGGACAGUUUCCUCAGUCACAUGUAGAGAUUCAAUGGCUGGUAUCUCGGUGCGAUUGGGACAAGUAUUUGUUACAAUAAACGUACAGUAGACUUCGCUAAAAUAGCUUGAGAAAGUUUCAGCUUUUGCCCGAUGUGAUUCAGCUAGUACAUCCGAAUUUUCGUAUAACAGUAACGGGGGAAUACCAUCACUACAUUAGACUAUUUUGUAUUAAUUUCGAAAAAUUCAUUCCCAGAAGAGAAAGGAGAAUUCUCACUAUUUCCUUAGUUUCUAUGUUUGAUCAUCGUUGUUUCCGAAGUAUUGCUGACAUUCAGUAGCAGCACCAUCUUAGGAAUCUAGAUGUACGGCAACGUUUGUUCGGCACAGUGACGAUAAUUCGAUUAUUGUCACUAUUUUGAAACACCAACUUCGGCUUCUUGGGAAUGUACUACAAAUACCACCCCAGAGAAUUUCUACAUCGUGUAUCAUGUGUUGACGCUGGGACUGGUUGGGAAAAUCGGUGAGAUGGUCAGUAAAUGGCGUUGUGUCAUGUUAUGAACGAAAGCUAUACAGGACUGGCUUCUGUUGGCUCUCCACAACUCUCUGGUCAGGGUCCUGGAGUUGAUGCAACACAGUGGCUUGAGAUGUUAUCAGACAUGGUUCAGAAUAGAAGCCAGGGGCGAUCCUGUUGCAACUGUUUUUAUUUAAAAGUGGGAGUAACUUUGACCGAAAUGACCCAUUUUGGUUGUUUUUCUUAAAUGAUCUGUUUCCGCUAUUUUUUACCCUCGACCAUUUUUAUUCAUCAUCUUUAUACUUGCCUUGCUUUCUCUAUCUCUUCUCAAUUUCCAUAUUGUAUGGCGCAUAAAUGCCUUGGUGCUCCUUUGUACCAGUUCUUAUAUGCUUAAAUAGAUAAGAGAUUUUUGCCUGUGGUUCGCAAAAUAUCCAUAGUCUAUGACUGAGACCUAUUAAUUAUAUUGCUCAUGGUCGAUAGUAUUUAUAAGGAUGCAUACACUUUAACUCCUCAUUUUGAGCAUAUUACACUAUACUUUUUAUUUUCCAGUUUUGCUUCACAUUUCCAGAAAGAUUUAGUCAUAGAGAUUAUUCCGAAUCCCGCUUCGUUAUGAAUAAAUUCUCGAUAUUUUUCGCGAAACACUCACAAAAGUUAGCACUCUUAUGCGCGGCCACAGCAUGUUCACUAUCUUAUUAUGUCCAGCCAUAUUAUGAAGUUCUUUGUCGUUGGUCUGUCACACGACUUGAUGUAGAAUGGGAGGCAAAGCCAUCUGAACGAAUUUUACGAAUAACAAAAGAAACCAUACUUUCCUUAUGGACCUUUUUCGAAAAUUGGCAAAGAUCGUCUAGAUCUUAUGAAUUUACCUGAAUCAGCUUUGAAAUUCCUUAUAGCACGUGAAAUUAUUCGACUUCAAGGAGUUACAAUCACAGAUCAAAAGUUACCUUUAUCAGCUCGUAGUCAAUCACUACUUACUAUAAAUUCAAUCAUUGGCAGUUUUUAUUUAUCAUAUCAAACGAUAUUUCUUCUCAACAGAACUACCAGAUUACCUCUACGUGUAUCGAUUGCUUCAAAAUUAUUAAUCUACACUUUUAUAUAUUUGUCUGGACUGUUUUUUCAACAUCAAAUCAUAUUAGCUUGGCGUAGAUAUUGUUGUUUACGAGCUGAUCAAAUUGUUUGCAGUCUAGGUGAAUCAUUUAGACAAGGUGGUCUUCAAUAUUAUGAUUGGCGUUUACGGUGGAAUCAAUUUUGGGCGGAACGACAAGAAGAAUUCAAAGAAAGAAAACGGUUGAUUAAAGCAAACAAUCAUGAUGAAACAGUCAGUUAUGAUCCUGUUAUGAAACACCAAUUGGAAAAUGAAAAAUCUGCAGAGAGGAAUACUACUCAAACUGGUAUGUUUAAGUUAGAAAUUUUAAGUUUAUUCAAUUUCUUAUUGAUACAGCUUCCUCUUCCUUUUUCCAUAUUAGUAAAGUUGUUAAAUAUGUAUAAUAUAUCGAAAUAAUUAGUGUAUCAUUCAUCAUGCGAAACCUUUUAUUCAACAUGGUUAUAUAUGUAUUUCUUUCUAAUCAGUCUCUUAAAUUUCUUAUCUAUAUCAGUUAUCAUCCAUUUAACAUACAAGACAGUUUCGAAUUGACAGUAAGUGUUGUUGGUUUUCUAUGCAAACUCCACUGUAUUUUCCCCCCAUUCGUGCGGGAGCAUAGGUCACCCACCAACAUUCGCUGUGGAACUCUGUACUGGAAAACUCUUUUUGGUUGUUUCCAGUUGUUAUUCAUUCUUCUGAUAUCUGGUUCCAAGUCCCGACUCAAUGCGUUCCUUGGUCUUCCUAUUUUCCUUUUCCCUCCAGGAUUCCAUUUUAGGGCUUGCUUUGUGAUGUUUGAUGAUUUCCGAAAUAUAUAUCUUAUCCACCUGAAGCGUCUUUUCCUAAUUUCUUUUUCAUCAGGAAGCUUGUUUGUUCUCUCCCAUAGUAGGCUGUUGCUGAUUUUAGAAGCUAACUGGUUUUUAAAUAAAAUAAUAUUUCAGUGAAGGAAGUUCUCUUUUCAACUAUUUCAUUUGUCAGAUCUGUAUGGUUGUAUUCUUAGUCAUUUUUUAGAAAUACGGGACCCGUUAAGUCAUUAAACAAAAUAAAGACUUUUCGGCAAAGAAAAACCAGGUGGCUAAAACACUGUAGCAGACAUUUUAAAGAACAGUUCAACUGGCUUUUUGCUACAGUUUGUAAGGCGGACGUAGUUUUGCUAAACUGUUCAUGAAUACUGGUCGCUUCAGGUCAUGAGAAACAACAGGAAUCCUCUUGUGGUAAUCACGAGAGAAUCAGUCUGAUUGACAUGAUGUCUAAAAUAUUAGGAUUUACAAUCACCCGACACCUAACUCUAUCUUAUAAAGAACAAACCCAUAAAAAUCAGGCUAAUUCCCGACCUAAACUUGAGUGUGUAGAUCAAAUAUUCACCGACACUCAAUUGCAACUGUAUUUAUAUCAGAUGAGUUUUUGUGGAGAUUGUAGUAAUUUCAGUGGUCAAGAUCAUGAGUCAGUUCAACUGACUCAUGUUCUUAACCACUGAAGCAACUGUAUUUCUCGACCUUAUGAGUAAUUCCUACUGGAAGGAGUACAUAAACCUUAUGAAAGUUUGUUUUCUCACUUAAUAUUAGUCGAGCUAUAUUGUCAUCUUAAUCGCCUAAUGCGUUCCUCACUUGGAUCAGCCGUUGUAAGAGACAUUGAGUAAUAGAGUACAAAAUUGGUCACAAUUAUUCAAUCGAUUGUUUUCUUUUCCAUCCUCUAAAACUCAAGUUUAGUUUAGUGUAAUUUCCAUCUUUCCAUUCUUCAAUCUCUGUUUUUUUUUCUAUUUCGGACCGUAUUUUUUAUUGUAUCCUCUAUCCCGACCGUAGCUGCUACCUUGACGCGGUGGUCGGGCUUGCCUAUCUUGACCCAACCGAGCUAUAUUGGCUGGAACAUAUGUUUCUAUAGGUUCUACCAUGCCAGGUAGGUUGAUUGGAGAACGGUAAGACUAAAAGCAGCAACUCAAGGUCUGAGGGCGAAGUCGUACUGCUGACUGUAGAGGGGUGUGACAGCAGUAAGGUGUUUCCCUCGGAAAACCAUCAUCUGCAGCGAUGCUGCCUUCUCGCAAGGAAAGAAGGGGUUAGAAAAGGUCGACCCUAAAGAUGUCACGCCUCACCUUACCUCGCGGAUCUCCGUCUUCGGCGGUAAGGCCCUUUGAAGAACAGAGCUAAC